UUGUAAAGUUACCUGUUAGGCUCACCUGUAAAUUCAGACAGCAGAGAGGAUACAAAAAAGUAGCCUUCUGUGUUUGUCGUCACGUCCGGUCCACAAUCUGUGGUCCGGCCCGAUGUACCUGGAGAAAGUUCUGCUCGCUUUGUAGACGUUUUGUGUUUUGUGUUUUUGUUUUUCUCCUCACGUUGUUUUCUCCAUCACAGCAACACGAUGCGAGACUUUCACCUGAACAAUGAGACGUGCGGCAACGGGUCUGUGGUGCGUUUGUGGUGUGGCUCUCAGUCCGCGGUGUGUGUGGUCUCUGGGGAUCAACCGGUGUUCAACACACACCUGGACAACAACAAUCAAACAACAGAUUUACAGAUACACACGUCUUACAACCUGUGGCUGGGUCUGACUCUCGCUCUGCUGUCCGCCUUCCUGAUUGGUGGGAGCGUGAUCCUGAAGAAGAAAGCUCUCCUCCGUUUGGCCAGAAAUGGACAAACCAGAGCAGGUGAUGGAGGACACGGCUACUUGAAGGAUUGGCUGUGGUGGGGAGGCCUGUUAACCAUGGGAGCUGGUGAGGUGUGUAACUUUGUCGCCUACAUGUUUGCUCCUGCCACCCUGGUAACUCCUCUUGGCGCUCUGAGUGUCCUCAUCAGUGCAGUUCUGUCGUCCCACCUGUUGGGGGAGAUGUUGAACGUUGUGGGGAAGCUUGGUUGUUUGCUCUGCGUACUGGGAAGCAUCUUACUGGUUAUCCAUGCCCCACAGGAACGGGAAGUGACAUCACUAGAGGACAUGACCAACAAGUUGCUGGAGCCUGGUUUCCUGGUGUACAUGUCGGUGGUGUUGGUGCUGUGUGCUGUGCUCGUGCUGUAUUUCUCUCCACGGAUCGGUCACUCCAACAUCCUCAUUUACAUCAGCAUCUGCUCGCUGCUCGGAGCCUUUACCGUCUCCUCUGUGAAGGGCCUCGCCAUCGUCAUCAACACCGUGUUUUAUGAUAUUGCAGUGCUCGCUAAUCCCCUUACCUGGAUCCUGUUGCUAACUCUUGUUGUCUCCAUAAUAACACAGGUGAACUACCUGAACAAGUCCCUGGACACCUUCAACACCCUGCUAGUAUACCCCAUCUACUAUGUCCUCUUCACCUCUGUGGUUCUGUGCUCCUCCAUCAUUCUUUUCCAGGAGUGGAGGAGCAUGGCCAUCGUGGAUGUGGUCACCACGCUGGGAGCCUUCGUUGUCAUUGUGGUGGGCGUGGCCAUGCUCCACUUCUUCAGAGACCUGCAGGUAACGAUGAAAGAGCUGACCAAUCAGCUGACCCUGACGGUCGAGAGGGAGGAGCUUGCAGGGGAGGUUUCUGCCAAUGUACAACCAGGAGGAGCUGCAGGAGUAGCUGCAGGAGGAGGAGGCGGAGGAGGAGGAGGAGGAAGUAGAAACAAAAAAGAAGAUAAAUAUGGACUGAUGGACAACAUGAUGAUAGAGAGUCUUCCUCCGAUGAGAGAGGAUGGACCCAGAGUCUUCAUCAUCAGCUGAAAGAAAUGUGAAGAAGAAACAGAGACACAGGUUUGUGUUUCCUGUCUGGAUUUCUAGUUCAGACUGAUCUGAGGUGAAGUCCUGACUCUGAUUGAUGCUGUGCACUUAUUUAAAGGUCCAGUCCUCUAGUUUGACGGCGUUACAUUUUAUCACUGAGGUCCAUCAACUUUCAAAGACUUUUCAUCACUUCAUGUCUGUUGCAUCUCAAGAAAAAGCAAUGACCAGCUUUUUAAAUGUUAAACGUUUUAGAUUCUUCAAUUUAUUUUUAUGGAGUACCUUUUUCCACAAAUACAUAGUAAGACCUAAGGGAAAAAAAUAUAUAUAAGUAUAAAAUAUGUUCACUAAUGUUCUUUGAUUAUAUUUCUGUUGACUACUUUAAAAUGAAAAUAACAACCAAUAAAUCACACAUCAAAACAUAAAUAAGGUCAACAAUAAAAAAAAACCAUGUACACCUGCUUUGUAAAAGACUCCUUAAGGUACAGACGUUGUAUACACAUUUACAUUUUAGAAUAAACAGUAAAUACAAACAAUGUUUAAAACCUGUUGACUGACAACUAAUUGAAUUAGUAUUUGUAAUUAUUAUCAUUAUUGAUCAUGAAGGUUGAUAUAUCAGGUCUCAAAUGGCUAGAGUGUUCAAGGAAGAGUUCAGUCAGAAGAAUUCAAAAGUUAGAAGACAGUAAAAACAUGAAAAUUGACAAAAUGAAGAAUUCCCAGUUAAAACAAAUCAUUUCAAAAAUACAACAAUAACAAUAAGUAUGGUCUGUCAAUUUCUAAAAUAAUAUUAUCAAGUUGAUUACAUUUUCCACAUAUCACACUCAUGUGAGUAAAUGUCUACAAAACUCCUUUAAAAUGAGAAACAUUGUUACAUUUGAUUAAAAGUGCUCAAAGAGCUACAAAGUGAUGUCAAAGACAGAAUCAGAGAAGGAACAGCUUAAAAGUUAUAAAAAUGACUACAAAGAAACAAAAUAAUACAAAUAAAAAAUCUCUUGUAAAGACUCAAACUAACAGGGAUGUCCUGAUGCCACCUGAUACCUUCUUCUGGAGAUUAGUUGUAAAUAAGUAAUGAGCUGUAUUUUGAAGUAUCUCACAAACAGGUAGAAGUGUAACUGGAGAGCAGGGUGGAUGACAGUGCAUGUUGUGGGGGGGGGGGUCACUCUUCUCCCACAUGGUGGCAGGGAUAGGACAGGGAAAAAAUGUAUGACUUAACUCUCUUUUCAGGAAGUCUUUUCUCCACAAUGUAUUUACUAGGGCUGUCAGCACUAAUGCAUUUAUUGCCAAUAAUUAAGGUCUGAAAUGAAUGCUUUUAAUUUUUUAAUCACGUUCUCACGUUCAUUGGAUGCUAUUUUGAGCCUUUAGACACACCGUACAACCGCUGAGCCUCUUCAUACAAACAAACUGCAUUACAGCUUAGUUGAGGAGUCAAAAGUAAUAUCCACCUUAUGACAUCAAACAUUCUCUUUUACUGUUCCCUUUAGUGGUUUUAAUUUAGUUUUCAAUCUGUAUCAAGUCCCCUUUUCUGUGGUUAA